UUUAACUAAUAGUUUGUUUUUAUUCAGAUCUAUUUAUUGUUUGUGAUAUUAGAAUUGAAAUUGAAAAUAUAAUUUUGCAAGUCACAAACAUAAAAAUAUGGAUCCAGUUGAUGAUAAUAAUGAACCUCAUUCUCCACAAUCUGGAUAUUUGGAAGAGGGGGAAGGUGAUGGAAGCUUUUUAGAGGAAGGACAGAAUGAUGAGCAGUAUGUGGAACACAAUUUAAAUAGCUCGGAAAAUGUCGAAACAGACAAUGGGUUUGCUCAAAUUGAAGAAACUGUGGAGGAUGGAGGCGAGGAAGAUGAGGAUCAGGAACAAGGUUUGGGAAUUGAACAGAAUGCAGAGUAUGGUCAACUGGAGCAGGUUGUUGGUGAAGAAGAAAAUGGUGAUGAUGAACAAGAAGAAGGAAACAUCAGCGGUGAACUGAUGGAAGGAGAGCAAAAUGUUUCCUAUGAUUCGGUUGAAGUUGGUGAAGUGGAGAAAGAGGUGGGGGAUGAAGGCGAAGAAGUUGCUUUUCACGCUGGUGAGGAAGAUAUUUUGGAAGAAGAAGUUGAGGGAGAGGAGCACUUGGAGGAAAAUGUUCAAGAGUUUGUUCAUGAGGAGGGUGAUCCUAGUGAGCAACAGGAGGAAGUGAUAAAUGAAGAGCAUGAUGUGAUUGGUGAGGAGGUUCUUGAGGAAGAAGGUGAAGAAGUAGAAACUUAUGAGGAUGGUGGAGUCCAUGAUAGCUCUGCAGAGGUUAGAGAGGAAGGUUUCGAAAAUGUGUCUUUCAAUGAAGAGGCAACUAAUGAUGCUGGGAACGAAGUUACGGAAGAUGCAGCUUUCGAAGAACAAGCUGAAGAAAAACUGAAAGAAAUGAAUGAUGCAGAAUUUGAUCAGGUUCCUACAUCAACAAAUGACAUGUACGUGGAUCAAGUUGAUGCAGAAGAUGUUGCUGAGGAUGUUGUUGCUGAGGUUGGAGCAGAUGAGAAUGAGUAUGAAGCUGCAGUGGAGGUGGAGGAGGGGAUGCAAGAGGAUGAAGUUGAUGAAAAUGUUGCAGAGCAUGUAAGUGAUAGUGAUGAAGAUCAAGAGGACACGGCAAGUGAUGGAGUGAAACUUAGCCAUGUGUCAGAUGAUGACGAAAGAGGUUCCGAUUUUGAAGAAAGCAACUCCCAAGUUAAAGCAACUCAAGAUGAAUCAGUUAAUCAAGCACAGAUUGCGAAAAUGUUCGACUCGGAUAGCGAUGAUGAUGCUGCUGAAAAUGAGGGAGAUCUGAUCAAUGAUAUUUUCGGGAAGAGUGAUGAUGAAGAUGAGGAGUUCACUGGCUUCGGAGUGGAGGAAGUGAAGAAGAAAGAUGAGAGAAGCAAGAGCGCUGUCGGAGCAAUCAGCUCAGAUUCUGAUGAUGACAGUGAACCAACUCCAGCUGGAGAAGCAAGUAAGCAGCAGACACCUGAAGGUACAGAAGGUGAUUAUGAUUCGGAUGAAGGUGUCAAAGAUGUUCGGAAAGAAGGAGGGAUCGUAUAUGACUUUGACCUUAUGUUGGAACGAAAGAAAAAUGAAAGGAAAGGACGUCGUAAGAAGGAUGGUGGGACCUUUAUAUCUGAUGCCGAUGAUAUCAUUAAUGCAAUGCUUACAAAGAUGAGAGAAGCUGCAGAAGCAGAUAGAGAAGCCAAUAAACAUAGGAAACCUGCUCUAAAUAAACUCAAGAUGUUGCCUACUGUGAUACGACACUUGAAAAAACAGGAUUUGAAGGAAUCUUUUGUUGACAUGGGAAUGAUAGCGGCUGUUGAUGACUGGCUCUCAUUGCUACCCGACCGCAGCUUACCUCACCUUAGCAUUCGAACCGAACUUCUGAAAAUUCUUCAUGAGUUGCCAGGUGUAAGUUCGGAAACCUUAAAAACAAGUGGUAUUGGAAAGUCAGUGAUGCGACUCUUUAAACAUCCACGAGAGACAAGAAAAAAUCGCGAAUCUGCAGGAAGAUUAAUUAACAAGUGGUCACGUCCUAUCUUUGGUUUAAAUGACAACUUUAAGAGUAUGUCCAGAGGAGAUCGUGAACAAAGAGAUUUAGAGCAUAUGCCGCAAGCAAAGCGCCGGCGAUUGAGUGCUGGUCAAAAUGAGAGAAGGGAAGGUGAAGAAGAAGGUGCUGGAGAAGCUGAGCAACUUCGUCCUGGUGAACGAGGGUUUGUGAUGCGGGCAAGAGUGCCUGCUCCUUCACACAAGGACUAUGUCAUUCGACCUAAAUGGAAAGUAGAUUUAAUGGAAGAUGAAGACAGUCAACGGUUUCACCGACGAUCCAAGGGCAAGCAGGGUAAAAAAGAUGACAGACUCGAGAAGCAUUUGAAAUCUUUUGCAGACCGUCGCAAGCACAGUAAGAUGCAAAGAGCGGUUGGAAUAAGUAUUGAAGGAAGCAAAAUGCCUCUUACGUGACAAGACUUAUUUUUAUGUUUCUGUGCCAAUCAAGAUAUUUUACCAUGAUUUGCAAAAUUAUCGACAUACUAUGUGUUUCAUUGUUUCCAUGAACCACAUAUCUACUUCUUGCUAAAGUAAGACUGCACAUAUGCUGCCAUGCUUAUGUAACCCUAAGUAAUAUCUCCUUUUUUUUCAACCAAACGCAAAUCUUUUGUGUUUUUGUAUUUUAAAAAUAUAAAAGGACUGCAAAAUUGUUUUGUAAAA